AUGGAAGUCCUUCGUCAUGAAGAAUUUGUCGAGGGCUGUAAAGCUGCGUGUAAUGGCCCCUACGACGGCAGGUGGAGCAAAACGAUGAUUGGUUACGGACCUGAGGAUAAUCAUUUUGUUCUUGAACUAACCUAUAAUUAUGGAAUUGGCAGUUAUCGGCAUGGCAACGAUUUUGUGGGUAUCCACAUUUACUGCCCUAAGGUCUACAGACGCAUUAUAUCUGAAUCUACUUUGCCCAAAGUAAAACAUGAGGGCUUCCUUGAAGUUAAUGAUCCAGCUGGUUAUCGCUUCUUCAUUCAUGAUAAACAGUCUAGUUCGCAUGAUCCCGUGAGGAAGCUCGAGCUUGCCUCCACUAAUAUUCACCGGUCGAUUGAUUACUGGUCGAAAAAGUGUGGCAUGAAGUUACUGGAAUCGUCGGACAAACAUGCGCUUCUCAGUUUUGGUGAUGGUCAGUGCCAACUGCAGCUGACGCUCGGUGAACAGCCGAUCGAUCGUGGUCAAGCCUAUGGCAGAGUUGCUUUUUCUUGUCCUAGAGAUAGACUCGCACCCCUACAGGACAAGAUGGACAAAGGGGGCGAAACAGUUGUCACGAGACUAGUCAGCUUAGAUACCCCUGGGAAGGCCACUGUUGAGGUUAUAAUCCUCGCUGAUCCUGAUGGCCACGAGAUCUGCUUCGUGGGUGAUGAGGCAUUUUGUAGUCUCUCGCAGGUUGACCCGAAGGCCGAUGAACUGUUAGCAGUAGCAAUGUCCGAGGACUACAGCGAUGCCUGGUUCCAAAAACGUGGUGGCAAAAAAACGCAUUGA